AUGUUAAAUUCGCAAACGUAAUCAUAAUCGGCAAUGUCAAUCUUGGGAUAUGUGCCUGCAUUAAUAGUUUAACAUUUGUUGAAUCUGAAGAUGAACAAACUGCCAAGAAGUUUACCAGAGAAAUAAAAUAUAAAGAGUGUAGUGAUGUUUGCAGACAUUUCAGGAUUCACAAAAUUAACAGAGAAAUUGAGUCAAUUGGGAACAGAGGGGGCUGAGAGAAUUGCAUUUGCAAUAAAUAGAUAUAUGGAAUUGUUAGUUCAGGGAAUAGGAAGAAGUGGAGGAGAUAUUUUCAAAUUUGCAGGGGGUAAUAAUGUUAAUAAGGUCAGAUGCAAUGAUAGUGAUUUGGCCUCCACCUCCAGAGGGGAAUAAUUUUGUUCAAUAGAUAGAGACAUUGCUCAAACAGGCAAUCCAAUCGGCUCUGCUAAUUUAGGAGAAGCUAACCAAGACCACCAUAGAGCAAGGCAUCUAAUUGAGUGUGAAAAUAGGUAAUAACUAAUGUAGUAAACAAUAGGUUUUGGAGUAGGUGAAAUGAGUAUAAUCCAUGUGGGUGGUGUCUUUAAUAGGAUUGAAUAUUUAGCAACUGGUGAUCCUUUGUUGCAAGCAUUUGCAUCUGAGCAUUGUCUUACCGAGGGUGGCAAAAUAAUAAUCUCAUAAUAAGUGUAUAAUUUGGUGAAUAACUUUUUCGAAUGCAAAGAAGUGGAACAUCAUGAAAAUCAUUAUGAAGUCAUUCAGAUAAAAAGCACUUAGGCUAAGGUUAAAAUGAAAGCAGAUGCAUUGCUAAUUAAGAAUAACAUUACAAUAGCCAAGUUCUAAGCAAUUAGGAAUGAAAUUUAAUCGUACAUUCCAGCAGCAUUAUUGCCGUAUAUAGAAAUUAAUGAGGAACCAUGGAGUGCAGAAUUGAGAAGACUUUCAGUGAUGUUUGUGAAUUUGGGAAUCGAUUUGAAUGAUGCUAAAUCAGACAAAGGAUUGCAGUAGAUAUAGAGAGUGAUAAUGACAGUCUAGAAAUGUAUUUAUAUGCAUGAAGGAUCAUUGAAUAAAUUGUUGAUGGAUGAUAAGGGCUCCACAUUGAUAAUUGUAUUUGGAUUGCCUCCAUUAUCACAUCAGAAUGAUGCAGUGAGAGCAAUUUUGACUGCUUAGUUGAUGAGAGUAGAAUUACCUAAAAUAAAUUGUGGUUGUGCAAUUGGUAUAGUAACUGGUACAGUAUUUGCCGGAGUUGUUGGGACGAGUGGAUCAAGAAGAGAAUAUUCUGUUUUGGGAGACUCAGUCAAUUUGGCAGCUCGAUUGAUGUAAGCAGCAUGUGAAGAAAAAGAAAAUAAAAUAUUAGUAUGUUCUGAAACAGCCAAGAGUGCUGAACAGAAUCUUAGUUUCUAAUUCUUGAGAUCUCAAAUUGUCAAAGGCAAAAAUUAACCUGUUGAAAUAUAUGUCCCAUUAGUUAAUUCUUAGCCAAGUUCUCCUGGUAAUUUCUUCCCCACUUUGAGAACUAACAAUUAUGCAUUUGGUUUUAAGAGGAAAAUAGAGUUUGCCAAUCAAUAGAUUUUCGGUAGAGAAGAACCUUAUAAGAAAAUACUAAAUUAAGUUGAUAAAAUUAUGAGAGGAAGUGAUAAAAAAGGUUAAUUAAUAUUAUACUAUUUUUAGGAUUAUUCAUAAUUAAGGGUUCUUUUGGAGUUGGUAAAUCUAUGUUAGUAAAGAAGGUACUUCAUCGGGUUCAAGAGAAGUUGAACAGUAAUUAAUACAAUCCUUGGAAAUACGGAGAAAUGCCACAGAUUCUUACUUCAUAAUUGACUCCUGUGACUAGAGCAUAUAAAUUGAAUGGUAUUGAAUUUAAUCUGAUUAGUGAGGACUGCGUUAGAUUUUGAAAUAAAUUUUUAUUCUUUAUUCCAAAAGAUUGGAACGUGAACCAGAUUUAUCCUUAUUCCAAUUGAUGGUAGAUGAAUAAUUGUACUCUCAAAAUACAAUCAACCUCAUGAAAGAGAUAUUAGAUUUGAAAUGUAUAUCUAGAGUUGACAAUUUCCCUCCUAAAGGAAAUGAUGACGAGAAUCAAUAAGAAUUAAAAAAAAUCGUAAUAUUUGAAUUCAUAUUAUAAGACUCUCUAAUUCCUAAGUAACUUUUUUGAAUAGGUGCCUGAAAAAUAUUAAAAUCUUUACGUUGGUAGGUCUCCUGAGGAAUUAGGAUGGGAUAUUAAGCAAUCCAAUAUCAGGUAAGUCAUCAAAUAUUCCAUUAAAUACAGUAAUAUCAUAUGUCCAGUUAUUCUAUGUUUGGAUGACAUGCAAAAUUAUGAUAAUCUUACCUUCAAAAUUAUCAGUUUAAUGAUCAAAGCAUAUGAUCGGAUCUAAGUGUUAGGAUUGUAUCGUGAUAACUUUCAUGAAAUGACACUCCAAGUGAAAACAGCUGAAAAGAAGAAGUCAUAAGAGGAAAUAGCUAUGGAUGGGAUAAGCAGAUUGGAAGAUGCCAUUGAAUAGAAUUUUUACAGUAUUAUUCAGUUGAAGGGAAUUGAGAGGAAGGGAAAAGACGACGAAUUUGCUAAAAUGAUCAGAUACUCAUUCAAUAUAUCUAAGUUAGACAUUGAGAAUUUGAAACCUGCAUAGGAAGAGAUAAGAAAGAGAGAGCCAUCUGUAACAAAUGAUGUAUGUGUACAAGAGACAUUAAAUAAGGAGAUGAAUCAUUAAUUCUUAUUCUUUUAAAAUAAGUAAUAGUUAAUAGGACAAGAUAUUGAAUUACUCCUACUAUCAUAUAUUUAUUUAAAAACCUCUGGUAUUCCUCUGAUGGUAUUGAACUUUGUGUAAAACCUAAUUGAUCAAGGAUACAUUAAGAUGGGCAAUAAAAGUGCAACAAUAACAAAGGAAUUAAUUAAUUUAAUCAAUUAUGAGGAGAGUAUCAUCAUUGAUGCUCCAUGCGAUCGCAUAGCAGUCAAUGGUCCAAUCAUAGACAAGUAAUAGAUAAUUUAAAUAACUAAGGUUGCCUUGUUUGGAGCAAUUGAUCUUAAAAGUGGCAAGUAUAAUUGGUGAUAUUUUUGAUAUCCAAAUGUUGAGUAGAAUAAAUCCAUUUAAAGCCGCAGUAAAUAAUAGAUUGCAGAAAAUGAUGGAUGAAUUAGAACAGAAAGAUUUUAUUGAGACCAUGGAAGUCUAGGAAUAAAACAUCUAUUAUAGAUUUACCUGUCCAUUUAUGAGGGAUUGCUUAUAUCAAAGAAUCACAUUUAAAUAGCGUAGAUAAUUACACAAAGCAGCUGCAGAGGCAAUUUAAUUACUACCUUUAGCAUUUGAAAUAGAUGAAAGAAUAGAGAGCAAGAAGUUGCAAUUUCAUUGGGUGAUGGCUGAACAAAAUAAUUAGUUAGUAUAGCAAUCAACCCAAAAUUUCAAGGCGAGAUAAUCCAGUGGUUCAGUUAGAAACUUAGUUUUGAGAGCUACUUUUGGGAUAGGAGCGUCAAAGCAGAAACAAGAGGACAAUAGCAAUAAUCAAGUAGCUUAGGUCAAUUAAUAUAAAUUUGAAAAUCUAUCAUCAAAGGCUAUGAGAUCAAUUAUAUUAAAGUAGAUUUCAAAUAAGUUAACGAAGAAUAAUAACAACAUAAAUACUAUUUUGAAGGAGGGGAUAUUGGAGAAGAAAUCGAAAUAGAAUGUAUCGUGGGCACCUCGAUAUUGGGUGUUAGAUGGAAAGGAGAUGAGGUGUUAUUAUACUAAGUAGGAUAUGUUAAAAAAGGAAUUGCCUCUAUGCACAAUUCCGCUGAAGGGAAUAUAUUCAGUGAUUCCAUUGGAUGUCAGAGAACAGGGAGAUAACAACUUUCCAUUAUCUAUAAGUUCCACUUUAUGGUAUAAGAAAAACAAGGAAAUGGGAGAGAGGAGAUUCCUUUUGAAUAGUAAGAAUGUGGAGGAUUUGGAAAUGUGGAUAAUCUAUCUGGAAUUUGCUAAAGCCAAAGCGAUUUAUGAUGACUUCACCAAUAACUAUGGCAAGAUCAGUUUCCCAUUAGGCAACAAUAAUGAUUAUUAUGAUCCUGAGUUCAAAUAUGAUGUGAAUAUCGAAGUAUUAAUUUGUAUUUAAAAUUAAAGAAGUAGAAAUUGUAAUUAGGAUUGCAAUAUGAUAAGAGUUAAUAAGCUAAGAUGAGCAAGAACUCAGUGCUCUCACGGAAUUCAAGAGCCUCUCGGAUGACAAUUGCAACUAAGCAAUUUAAAUUUAUGGAGAAAGCAUCCUAAGAAGAUAAUAUACUCCAGACUUCUCAAAUUAUUGAUAGUUAAUUGCUGAAGGACAGAAUCAAUUGUUUUUUGUAGAAAAGGUAUGACAUUAUUAUUUAUUUAAGUAUGCUGUUAUUGUUUUCUCAUUUGUUUGAUAUGUCAUUACAGAAGUAAGAUGAUUACAAUCUGCUUGGUCAACCAAAUAUGGUAAUGAAGAAGAUGACCAACAUCUUCAAGAUAGAUAAACAAUUGACAUCUGAGAAUAAAAAAUAAUCCAAUGCGUUUAUCAACAACUAAUCUUAGUCUUAAUCAAUAUCAAUAACUAAUUCGAGCGAUAUAAAUCCUAAUGCAAUUUAAUAGUCAUAGCAGUUACAAUAACGGAAAGCCAUAACAUUGGAUGGCAAUCCAUUGGUGGCUAAGAAGAUCGACACUAGUAUAGAUGAGGAUUCAGGGUGCAGCAGCAAUGAAGGAGGUGAAGGACUCUUGUAGACAAAGACUUUAUAAUAGAUUAUGGAAGAGGAAUGUGAUAAUGAAAUGAGUGGUAUAUUAAUUUGAUUGAUAUUUGUAGAGAGUACAAAUCAAUAACAAUAAUAAUUGAAACAAUAGAGAAAUUAAAAAUAUUUCGAAGAAAUUCGAAUGAAAUAAAGUUCAAAAUUUUAGUAGGAGGAUAGAAAGCGAUCUGAUAGUCAGGAAAGUUUUGAAUAAAAUAUUGCCAUUUCAAGAAGACAUACAGAUAGAUAGGAUUAGGUGGUUAAGUAAAUGAAUUAUUUUAAACUACCAAAUUAAUAAUAAGAGGUUAGAAACAUCACUGAAUUUAAAUUAGAUAUGGCUGUCUAAGUUGAUUUACAAAAAGUGAAUAAUUCAAUUAGUAAAUCCAUAAGUAAAUCAUCCAUUGAUCCAAAAUCUGAACUCUCGUAUCAACAAAAUGACAACCAAGAAUUCUUGAAAUUAUUUGAAAAUAGUACCAAUCAAGGAUAAUCAUAAUAGAAUAAUCAAUUCAGUAACAAAAUUCUAGAUGACAAUAAGAGAGACACCAUUUAAACACACAUUUCAUCCUCCAAUUUCUUAUCUACCCAAUAUCCAUUUUUACAUCACCAAUCAACUCUACUAUCCUCUAAUACUAAUUAGAAAAUAAGAUAGCCUCAAUAAUAUGCAAGUAGGUAGAGUCAAAUAUCUCAAAAAACCAUUGCAAAUUCAAUCUCAUCAUAAUAGCAUCAAUAUGGAACAGCAUUAAAUACUUGUAAAUCUUUGAGUGGGGAUAUCUUCACUUUAAGACCAGGCUAUAGAGUGGUUGUCACAAGGAUAGAUCAAUAGAAGAAGUUGAUUUAUUGUAAUUAUUAGAAUAUGCAAGGGUUAUUUUAUUUGAGAGAUAUUGCAGUCAUUGAAGGUAUCAUUUCAUCUAAUUCAUCUAUAGAUAAUCAAGAGGAAUCCUAGAUUAAAAUGAAAUCCAGAACACCCACUAUGUUCGAAGUCAAAUACAAAGAAUUAUUGAAUGACAGAUUCAACACAAGAAGCAAGUCUCCAAAUUAUCGCUCUGCUUAAUGUAAAACUCCUCCCAAGAAACCAUUUAUGAGAUUUUGA